UUAAUUGUUUGCCCGCCAGUAGUUUUAUUGAGUUCUUGUAGUACUUAACGCUACUACGUCUUGCUCUCUCUUGUCGAGUGUGUGUGCUGCCUCUGUGUUAAUUUAAAUAAUUGCAAGCAAUUAUCAGCAAUUUGAAUUUACGUUUUUAAAAUUUAUUAAGCGCUUUUAACCAAUCCUUACAAUGUUGGAUGUACCACACGAAGCCAAGGUACGCGGCCAUCAACGCGUCCCAUCCGACUCCAAGGAAUUCCACGAGGUGACAAAACGCGAUGCCCUCCGUCUGCUUGAAAAUGACGUGGAUCGUCUGCUGCAGACCACGGAACCGGCGAGGAGGCCAGCCCUGCAAGCCGAAAUGAAUCGCUUUGCCGAGCUCUUUGGCCGGUUUCUACAGGAGGAGGGACCCUCUUUAGACUGGAAUAAAAUCCAAAAACUGCCCGAAAAUGCUGUAAUGAAUUACUCUAACCUCAAGUCGCCGAAAAAUGAACAGAAUGAGAUUCGCAACAUGUUGGACAAGCUGGUCGUCAUCAAGCUGAAUGGUGGUCUGGGAACUUCUAUGGGCUGCCACGGGCCUAAGAGUGUUAUACCCGUGCGCUCGGACUUGACCUUCUUGGACUUGACGGUGCAGCAGAUCGAGCAUCUGAAUAAGACCUACGACGCUAAUGUGCCAUUGGUGCUUAUGAACUCGUUCAACACUGACGAAGAUACGGAGAAGAUUGUGCGCAAAUACAAGGGUUUCCGUGUACAAAUCCAUACGUUCAAUCAGAGCUGCUUCCCGCGCAUUAGUCGCGAGCACUUCUUGCCCGUGGCCAAAGACUUUGAUGUGGAGAAGGAUAUGGAGGCUUGGUAUCCACCUGGCCACGGUGACUUCUACGACACCUUCCGCAAUUCUGGCCUUCUGAAGAGAUUCAUUGAAGAAGGUCGCGAAUAUUGCUUCCUGUCCAACAUCGAUAACUUGGGCGCCACUGUCGACUUGAACAUACUUAACAAAUUGGUGGGCGAGGAGCGUGCCAGCACCCCUGUUGACUUUGUCAUGGAGGUAACCGACAAAACCCGCGCUGACGUUAAGGGUGGCACGCUUAUUCAAUUUGAGAACAAGCUCCGACUGCUGGAAAUUGCGCAGGUGCCCAAGGAACAUGUGGAUGACUUUAAGUCCGUAAAGACGUUCAAAUUCUUCAAUACGAACAACAUUUGGGCGAAUUUGGCAGCCAUCGACAGAGUACUGCGCGAGCGCACGCUUAACAUGGAGAUAAUCGUGAACAACAAGACUCUGGAGAACGGAACACGCGUCAUACAAUUGGAAACAGCUGUGGGUGCAGCCAUGAAGUGCUUCGACGGCUCUGUCGGCAUCAAUGUGCCGCGCUCACGUUUCUUGCCCGUCAAGAAGUCCUCUGAUCUCCUGCUUGUCAUGUCGAAUUUAUAUACGCUUAAGAACGGCAGUCUGGUUAUGUCGCCGCAACGCAUGUUCCCCACCACGCCGCUGGUCAAGCUCGGCGAGAAUCACUUCUCCAAGGUUAAGGAGUUCCUGGGUCGAUUUGCUAACAUACCAGACAUCAUUGAGUUGGAUCAUUUAACCGUGUCCGGCGAUGUAACCUUCGGACGUGGUGUUUCUCUGCGCGGUACUGUCAUCAUAAUAGCCAACCAUGGCGAUCGCAUUGAUAUACCCGCCGGCGCUAUCCUCGAAAAUAAGAUUGUUUCGGGCAACAUGCGCAUCUUGGAUCAUUAAUUGUGCAUCCCAAUUGUCACUGUUUGUAGCUUAUAUAAUCGACUAAGUAGAAGCCAUGUUCUCCGUUCUAAAUUCCAAAAUUUGAAGUCAUUUAGCCAAUUGUAAGCACAAAGUGUUGCCUAAAGAACCUGUAUGAUUUGUAUAUAGUUAAGUUGAAAUCUCGUUUUAAAAUUUUGCAAUAGGCCUAUCCUUGUGUGCAGCUUGAUAUUGUUAUAAUAAUAUUGAGAGCGAUUUUUUCUAGUGGUAGAGAAAUAAUUGUUGAAACUCUAUACAUAAAGCCAUGUUUAUUUCGAUAGAAAA